GUCUGAACAGCCCUUGAACGCCCCCUCAGAUGAAUGGGGCCGGGGAUGACUGAGAACUACAGCUCUUGGGCUGGCCGCGUCCGAGGCAGACGCGGAGGAAAAGUGGACCAAGAAGGGCGCUCGGGGUGGGAACAGGCAGCAGUGAAGAUGUUCUGUGCGGGUUUUCUAGGGUAGAGGUCUGGAGGGACACUUCUUCUGCGCGCUGGCUCCCCGUGCCCUGCACCGGCCAUGCGCCCGGCCUUCGCGGUGGGCCUGGUGUUCACAGGCUGCUGCAGUAAUGUGAUCUUCCUAGAGCUGCUGGCCCGGAAACAUCCAGGAUGUGGUAACAUUGUGACGUUUGCACAGUUCUUAUUUAUUGCUGUGGAAGGCUUCCUUUUUGAAGCUGACUUGGGAAGGAAGCCACCAGCUAUCCCAAUAAGGUACUAUGCCAUCAUGGUGACCAUGUUCUUCACUGUCAGCGUGGUAAACAACUAUGCCCUGAAUCUGAACAUCGCCAUGCCCCUGCACAUGAUCUUCAGAUCAGGCUCUCUGAUUGCCAACAUGAUUCUAGGGAUUAUCAUUUUGAAGAAAAGAUACAGUAUGUUCAAGUACACCUCCAUUGCCCUGGUAUCUGCUGGAAUAUUUAUUUGCACUUUUAUGUCAGCAAAGCAGGUGACUUUCCAGUCUGGCUUGAGUGAGAAGGAUGGAUUCCAGGCAUUUGCAUGGUGGUUACUAGGUAUCGGGGCCCUGACCUUUGCUCUGCUGAUGUCAGCAAGGAUGGGCAUAUUCCAAGAGACUCUAUACAAACAGUUUGGGAAACACUCCAAGGAGGCAUUAUUUUAUAAUCACGCCCUUCCACUUCCUGGUUUCAUCUUCUUGGCCUCUGAUAUUUAUGACCACGUUGUUCUGUUCAAUAAGUCUGAACUCUAUCAAGUUCCCGGCAUCGGUGUGGCUAUGCCCAUCAUGUGGUUCUACCUCCUCAUGAAUGUUGUGACUCAAUACGUGUGCAUCCGGGGUGUGUUCAUCCUUACAACAGAGUGCAGCUCCCUCACUGUCACACUGGUUGUAACUCUGCGCAAGUUUGUGAGCCUCAUCUUCUCCAUCUUGUACUUCAGGAACCAGUUCACUCUGUGGCACUGGCUGGGCACUUUGUUUGUCUUCAUCGGGACCUUAAUGUACACAGAGGUGUGGAAAAACCUAGGGACCACAAAAAGUCAGCUGCAGAAGGACGACAAGAAGGACUGAGGUCUGCCUGGGACAGACAGAUUAAUGUUAGGAGAGAGGGGCCUCUGCUGCAGGUCUGGCCAUCAGCUUACUUUGGCUGAUGCCUAAUUACCACAGUAUUGAAUCAGACAGACUCCAGAGCUUCCUCUGAAGGAUAGGACUCCUCUAUGUUCAGACAGCAUUUGUAGACUCCACAUAGGCAUCCCAGAGAUAGAAUGAACAAAACAAGUCUAUCAGGAAGACUAUCAGAUAGCCUCUGCAUUUGCUUUUCUAUUCAUUUGCCAGAACAUCAGAACCAUGCUUGCUGAAUUCCAAGUCCUCAGAGCUACUAGUUUUCUACCUGUGGUCUUAGAUAAGACCAUGCCCUUAUUGCUACUGAUGAUUCUUUACAGUGAUAGCCAUCACCCUUCUGGCUGUGUACCUCUCUUCUCCCAUCACCCCUCCACACUUCAGCACUUUGUAGAACAUCCAGUGUUCCUGGUACAAUCAAGCACUGAAUGACCCAGUGGACAUGUGAGAAAUCAGACCUCAGGAAUGAUGAAGGCUGGACUCCCUCCAGUCUGUUGGGAAAGAAGCUGUUGUCCCCAUGAGCAGUGCCCUGGUGAUAGUGAGCUGAAUGCUGGUGAUGCUGGAUAGGCAGAGCCCACCUCCCACAAUUCAGUUUAUUUGUUUGAUGCGUGCAAGGAUCCCAUGCUUCUUUUACCUGCUGCUUUCUGUACUUAAGAGAGCAGUCCUGUAGCACUCAUGGCACACUAAAAUGGCAGAAAGAUUGGGAGUGGGUUGAGAAGAGGGAGACCUUACCAUCCGUCUCCCGUGUGGUGCCCCUUAGCCUGUUAUGGAGACAGGAAUAGAAGUGUGGUCCAGAAAAGCUCACUCUCUCAGCACCCUGAGAGACAGUAGCCCCUGUGAAGCCAGCCACACACUCAUGGGUGUUUCAGAUGUGUGUCUGAGAGGCUUUAAGGCCUGGUGACCAGGAGAUACCUCUUCCUUGGGCUCUUGAGAGUCAUCCCCUGUCAAGUCAUCAAUGUAUAAAUCAGGUCAGCCCCCAGCUACCACAGCAGGAUGGAGUUGUUUUCCUAUAGUUAUCCAACUGCUCUUGAUGGGUAUGUGUGGGAGAGUUCCCGAGACAGAGCAUGCUAUGUGCAGAAGCACGCCUGCCUCUAUGUACAGAAGCACGCCUAACUCUUUCCUGUGGGUCAUUCUGCAGGUCAGGUUUUCCUCUCGUGGAUAAUCUAGAGAUAGAAUAACCCUGUUAGACAGCAUGUGGAGCUUGUGUGUGCCCUCAGCUGGGUUGUGUGUGACUAAAGAGUGAGGACACCUGUGGUGUUUUAUUUCCUGUUUUCUUCACUUUAGUGCCAGACCCUCAUUGACCUCACCUAGCUCUCUGGUUCUCUGCAAACAGCUAAACUCAGUUUCUCUCACAUAUAGACUACACAACCUUCCAUCCUUUUGCUGUGUGCAUCCUGUGCUCUGAAAGUGAGACGUGGCUCCCAUGGCUCCUCAGCUCACUUAUAGUUCUUUAGUCCACCAUCUGAAGACACCCUUGGAUGGGUCUGAGCAGCAGCCAAAACAAGUGUCCUAAUCCUCUGGGUCCCUUAAGAAGGCAGUUAAAACUGCCAUGCUUUUUGUUACAUUAACUACGGGUACUGUUUCUACAUGUAAGUUUCUCCAUCUAAGUCCCCAAGACUGAUUUGUCUUUCUGGCCAUUGACAACUUCCCAGUGCUGGUAAUGGUGUAUUCCCAAAGAUGCUCAGUAAGAUGUGAACCCAUUCACAGGCCCACAAGCUCAUUAACUCCUUUGAAAUAUGUGGGGUUGCCUGGACCAAUGUUGCUAUAAAUACCAAGCGUUAAAUGUCCCCCUAUAAAGACAAUAAUAAAAAAGUACUUUUUCUUCCUGUUUAACAGAAGAAUCUGUCCCUAGGGGCUCUUGAGGCUCCAUUCUGAUUACUCCUAACAGGCUACAACCUUCAUUACCUAAAGCUUUCCUUUUUAUGUUGGGAGAAGUACUACAUAGUUUGUAGCUAUCUGAGACUGGUUGAUACACAGGAUCUAGCUGGACCCGUUACAGCUUCAGAAUGUGUAUCCCUUAGUAUGAAUACUUUGCCAGUGUUAUUAAAGGAGAUGUGGGAACAGAUAACAGCAAUCACACAAGAAAACGUGCAUCUGCAGGAACAGAGAGUAUUAAGUGCUCCAUGAACACUGCUCGCUCAAGCACGCAAGCACCCAGCCUGCUUCCCCCAUGCUCUAGAGGUAAGAAAUGCAUCCAGCAGACACGAGUGACAGUUUUGUAAAGUUGCUAAAGUUUUUAUUGUAUCUCUUCAUUGCACAUGGUUGGAAAUUUUCACACAAUUGAAUACAUUCCCCUGUUCCCACUCUCCUUCCCUUGCAGUCCAGCUGUUAGGUCCUGUUGCUCCUCUGGACAGUUUUGCUUAUACCUUCAGAUUACAUAUACACCUGUGAUUUAUGUCUCUACAAAUGAGAGAGCACAUAUGGAACUUGCCUUCCCUACACUAUCUUAAUUCAUCUAAUAGGAUCAUCUCCAGAUACAUCCAUAAAAUCAUUCUUUAUAAAAAAAGAUCAUUCCAUGUUGCUCCUUUUUUUUUUUUUUUUUUUUUAAGAUGGCUAGUAAAGGUUUUAAAGGGGCAAAUAAUAGCCAGGUGUGGUGCAUGCCUGUAAUCCCAGUAAUCCCAGCACUCAGAGAGGCAGGGUUAGGCAGAUCUCUGUGAGUUCGAGGCCACUCUGGUAGUCUGCAAAGCAAGUCCAGGACAGCCAAGGCUAUACAGAGAAACCCUGUCUUGAAAAACCAUAAAAGAAUGAAUGAAUAAAUGGGCAGAUAAGCCAUUUAUUGAGGGACAGGCUCACUGAAUGUAGAGAAAUAUCUCCUAAACAUCAUUGUGCUUUCAGCUGCAGAGACAAAGCAUAUCCUUUGUCUCAAAAUAGAGCUUAAGACAUAUAAUGCUCUACAGUAAGAACCAAAUGGCAAAGGACACUAGCCAGGAAAUGUGUACCUGUGAGACCAUGUAGCAGUGUGACUGGUAUAUUAGGUGAGGUGACAGGAGCGGAUGGCAGAUGCUUGGCUUAUAUUUCAUAUGUGCAUAUCUUUUUACUAGCAUGGUAGUAAAUUCUAUAUUGCUUUUUUUAGAAAUGUAUUUUCAAGUUUUGCAAUUUUUUUCUUGCAAUGCUGAGGAUCAAACCUAGGGCCCCAUAUAUAUUGUGGAUUCUUUUCUUUUCGCCCUACUAAGACAACCGAUAACACACUAGAAAGAUUUAUAGUUCAGUAGCUGGUGGAGUUUGGUGUUGUGUAUUUCCUUUUCCCUUCUUCCUGCCCAGUUAAGCAAAGCCCAGGACUCUGCCAGCGUGCUUGGUGCUGCCUGUAGCCCCCGUUCUGUUCUGAAAGGAACACGUGGCAGCUCUGAGGGUUCUCAACCUGUGGUCAUUUCCUGUGCCCCUUCUUCACCUCCCUCCUGGAGUCAGGUUUUGGUUUUUGCAUCUUCGCUCUUAACUCUACCUCAUCUCCCUGCUGCCCCUACAUUCCUUGUGCUGUUUUCUGCUGAGCAAUACCUAUUGUCUCUGCUCAUGCCUCUGUUCUUUGGGGCCUCUUGGUAUUUUUAGGCAUUUUAUAGUGUAUUUAUAGCUGUCUAGUGUGCUUUGUUUAUUGUUUCUGAAAGCAUUGCUCAUGAGAGUACAGAGUAUAGGGGAGCAUUUGGCAGAGUGUUUGCAGGGAAUAUGAACAUGGAAGCUUUGUCUGAACUGUCUGCAUAUUCUUUUCCAGCUCAGCCUAGGCGCAGAGAAUCCUUGCUACCUGUCCUUUUUUUGUUUGGUUCUUUUUAGCCUAGAGCUAAGGAAGGGGAAGUACGGAGUCAGGAAUAAUUCUAAAGCAAUGAAUUAGUUGUGGGUGGUGGACAUGGUAGGCCAGUGUGAGAGAACCUGAACAGAUAGACAGUAUACUUGGAGGAAAACCUCAUUUUAAAGAUCUGAAACCAAGAUCCUCUCUUUGGCCAGAAGUAGAUAGAAUUAGGAGGAACUCCUGUUUGAUAAACAAAGCAUUUUGGUCUCAGCGGCUUUCUCCUGAAAGCUGUUGACUGAAUCUUGUCUGUGGCAGUUCAUGCUAACAUUGAGAGAACUGCCAAUAGAUGAAAUGUGCUCAUUAUUACUGUUGAUUGGUAUAGGUUUGGAAAUAACUGUGAAUAAUAUUUAAGUGUAGUAUUUGCAUCUUGAAAUAUGUUUGCUAUUAUCAGAGCUGGGGUGAGAGAGUGACCCUCUCAACUUUAUAGAGUAUUCUCUUUUUCUAGAAAUUUCCUCACUGUAGACAUUCCAGGGAUGGAAGGGGCUGGGGAGCAUGCAUAAUGCAUUUCUGAACUGCCAGCUCCUGGCAUCGUGUCUGACAUGUUAUAUGAGAGAACGAAUGCUUGCCAAGGCCUCUUCCGUCCUCUUCAUAAUGCUUCCUUACAGUUAUUCCCUGUUCUCAUUAGCUGGUUGGCAAGAAAGCCAAGGAAGGGAACAUCCCAGUGUCUCCAAACAAGAAAAGGACUGGGGAGACGUAUGUAGAAUGCUACCUAGCUUUUUGCUGUCUUGAGCCUGGUGGGAGGGAAGAGGGGGAGACUUGUGUGUUCCUAUUACUAUGUAUAAUUGAUGUUCAGGAAGAAACUCAACAGGUCAUUAGAGAGCCCUAAAGGUUUUUGAAGUGGCUUCCUGGUGGCCUGCUGCACUCCCGUGUCACAACCUCUGCAGUCAUUACCAACUGCUGCCUAGAGAGCCGCGUAUAUCUAUCUGUCUACUCCAAGCAUCACAGACAUCUCUCCCAGGCUUUCCCUGCAGAAAUCACCACCAAGGAGCAAGCAGCAAAAGAGCCAGAGAUAGGAAAGGCCUGGUCUGCACUCAAACAAAUAAGGCCUGUGUUUUCAGGGGAAACUGUAAUGAUACCUUCGACAGAUUGAGUUAUUUUACAUCUUUUCUAGUAGAAGGUAGACUCCUCAAGCAAAGUGGGAGGCGGUGGUUCUUCUCCAGCAACACGAGAAAGCCUUUGUGCUUCAGUGAGCGUUUCCGUGCUGUUUGCCAUCUUUCCAGAGAAUGGCCUCAGCUUCCCAAAAAGGAUUUGAAAAGUUACAAAUUAUGGUGGUGAGGAUUUUAUUCAUUUAGACUCUUGAGCGCUUCAUUGAGUAUUGCAUUUUAAGAACAAAGAUCAGAGAAAGAGGGAGCUCUUAGCAGCCAUGUGUGUGUGCAACAGCCUGAAGACAUUAGUGAGUAUUCAGACUUUGAGCUGUGUAAAUACCAGACAUCACUUCCAGCCUUAUGAGGUAUUUGAGCAGUUAAGGAGGAAAGGGAGGUUCUUUGAAUAAAAUGUUUUGCCAAACUGAA